UCUCGUAGCACUGGCCACUUCAUAAAGGAAACCGGUUCUUCGAGUCAUUUAUAUAAUAAACAUCCUGUAAGAAAGCCAGAUUAGCAUGACUCAUCAAAAAAACUGAACGCGUGUAUAAAAGGAGAAGUGCUCCACACUCACACACACUCGGACACACUCACACGGGCUCAGCGACUGCAGUAAACCAACAGCAUCCAUCUACAAACAUGCCACCCUACACCAUCACAUACUUUCCUGUGAGAGGACGUUGUACUGCUGUGCGAAUCAUGCUGUCUGACCAGGGUCAGCAGUGGAAGGAAGUUGUGGUGAGCUUGGAAGACUGGAUGAAGGGAGACCUGAAGAAAACCUGUGUUUUCGGACAGUUGCCUAAGUUUCAGGAUGGUGACCUUGCUUUGUUUCAGUCAAACACCAUUUUGAGGCAUUUGGGCCGCAAACAUGGUGCAUAUGGAAAGAAUGACAGCGAAGCUGCCCUGAUCGACAUGUUUAACGACGGAGUUGAAGAUCUUCGUAUUAAAUACAUAAAACUGAUCUACCAGGAAUAUGAAACUGGCAAAGAUGCAUACAUCAAGGACCUGCCGAACCACCUCUCUAAGUUUGAAGCUGUUCUGGCGAAGAACAAAAGUGGUUUCCUCGUUGGUGACUCGAUCUCCGUUGCAGACUACAGUCUCUUUGACGUGUUGUUGAACCACCAGGUGCUGAGCCCCACCUGUCUGGACUCCUUCCCUGCCCUGAAAGGCUUUGUGCAGAGGAUGUCCAGCCGUCCCAAAAUCAAGGCUUUCCUUGAGUCUGAUGCCCACAAGAGCCUGCCUAUCAAUGGCAAUGGCAAGCAGUAAUACAGCUGAGCAUUAAUGUUGAAUGCAGAUAGAUUCACUCUCAAUCUCUCAACUGUCCUUCCGCUAUGACUGUGUAGCAUAGCUUUCCAUUUUCUAUAUCUGGAUACAUUUUUUCAAAGAUCUAAUAUUUGGUACUCUUUUUCAGUGUAACAAACAUACAUGCAUACAUACAUCAUUUACUGAAAAUAAAAAUUAAACCAAGACAUAA